AUGAGCAUGGAUUUCUCCGAGUCUACGAAAAUUGUAUAUAAUCGAAUUCAGAAACUAGAGUCAGAACAUGUGAGUAAGAUCAUUGGUUAUCUCCUCUAUCGUGAUCAUGGUGAGCAGGACAUGAUUAGAUUAGCGUUUUGUCCCGACAAUGUGAUCCAUUCGCUUAUUAACAAAGCUAAGAAUUCUCUUGGAUUAUCACCCAAACCAGCCAUUUCUGGUCCUCUUUCACCUCCCUUGAAAUUUGGUCUAUUCUCAUCAGCUUCACCUCGCCCCUUUACGAACCAUCAAGUUGGAAAUCCGUACUGGGAGCAUCAAGGACCAGCUGAAAAUCGUCCAAUUCAUAACUUGGAUCUUUUGCCAGUGGGUUGCUCCGAUACUAUGACUGAUGAACAUCAACUCCAAAAUCAACUUCAGUUCUUAUCUUUGGAUGAUCACUCAGACCACAAUUUCGUUGGACGUACAUUUGGUCCAAGAUCGUGUCGAAGAUCUUCAAGCUUGCCUGAGAUUCCUGUUAAGAUUUGUCAUUACUUUAACAAAGGGUAUUGUAAGCAUGGAAAUAACUGUAGAUACGUUCAUGGAUAUCCAACUCCGGAAAGCUUCUCCCAAGUUUUCAACGGAAAUUUAAAUGAUGUAGUUACUGAUGAACAAGUUAUCUCCCCUGGAUCUCUAGAGAAACUAGAGAUGGAGCUCACUCAGCUUCUCAAAUCCAAAGAGGGUGACCCUGUUUCUAUUGCUUCGUUGCCUAUGUUGUAUCAUGAGAUGUUUGGCAGAACACUUCAGGCCGAGGGUUAUCUCACAGAAAGUCAGAGACACGGGAAAGCUGGAUAUAGCCUGACUAAACUCCUCGCCCGACUAAGAAACAGCAUUCGUGUCAUAGACAGGCCCCAUGGACAGCAUGCCGUUAUUUUGGCUAAGGAUAUUCACAAAUACUUGGAAUGCAGUGGAGAAAGAAAUGAACAUGGAGCAAUUGUAGCUGAUUCUCGCCAGAUUUAUCUGACUUUUCCGGCUGAGAGUACCUUCAGCGAGCAAGAUGUUUCCAACUAUUUCAGUCAUUUUGGACCAGUCCAAGAUGUUAGGAUUCCUUGUCAACAGAAGAGAAUGUUUGGAUUUGUAACUUUUGCUUACACAGAGACAGUUAAGCAGAUCUUGUCAAGGGGGAAUCCUCAUUUAGUCUGCGAUGCACGUGUUUUGGUGAAACCUUACAGGGAAAAGUCCAAGUUUGUAGAUAGAAAAUGCCCGGAGAAAGCUUAUCAAGCUUCCUGUUAUAAUCAUUUCUCUAAUGCAGAAUCUGAGCACCAAUCUUUACAUAGGAGGGCAAUUGAGUUUGAGAAGAGACGUUUUCAGGAGUUGCAACAUCAUCAAAUGCGUGUUGGCUACUCAGUAGAGGAUUUGAAGCUCGCUUCAGAAGGGAAUAGCGAACAACUAGAGUUCCCAUCGACUGAGGGUUUUUCUUACGUGCUAGAUGUAUGGAACAAUGGUUCCACCAGCAACAACAAAACUAGGCAUGUUAAGACGAAUCACUAUGACCAAGAAAGUGGUCGAGGAUUGAAUCUUCCUGAUAGCCCUUUUGCAUCUCCAACAAGGAAUAGCAUUUGA